GUGACGCAGGCCGCACGUUUCCAGCCCGAGAAGCCGUCGCGUUUCUGAGGAGACGCCCGGACCCGCAGGUACCACCGCGCUAGGAGCCUCGGGAUCGGCCGCUUCCAUCACCGGCAUCACCAUGGGGGCUGUGCUGGGCGUCUUCUCCCUCGCCAGCUGGGUUCCAUGCCUUUGCGGUGGUGCAUCAUGUUUGCUGUGCAGUUGCUGUCCCAACAGCAAGAAUUCCACUGUGACUCGCCUCAUCUAUGCUUUCAUUCUCUUCCUGGGCACUAUUGUAUGUUGUAUCAUGUUUCAUGAAGGGAUGGAAACUCAGCUGAAGAAGAUUCCUGGUUUCUGUGAUGAAGGACUUAAAACCGAAACCAGGAUGGCUGAUAUAAUGAUGGAUAAAGGUUGUGAUGUGCUGGUUCGUUAUAAAGCCAUAUAUCGAAUCAACUUUGCCUUGGCCAUCUUUUUCUUUGCCUUCUGUCUGCUCAUGUUUAAAGUGAAAACCAGUAAAGAUCCCAGAGCAGCGAUACACAACGGGUUUUGGUUCUUCAAAAUCGCUGCCAUUGUUGGUAUCAUGGUUGGCUCUUUCUAUAUCCCUGGGGGCCACUUCACCACAGCCUGGUUUGUUAUUGGCAUGGUGGGAGCUGCCUUCUUCAUCCUCAUCCAGCUCGUGCUGUUGGUAGACUCUGCUCACUCUUGGAAUGAAUCAUGGGUAAAUCGAAUGGAAGAAGGGAACCCAAGGUGCUGGUAUGCUGCUUUACUCUCUGUCACAAGCAUGUUUUAUAUCCUGUCAAUCAUCUCUGUUGUAUUGCUCUACACAUAUUACACCAAACCAGAUGGCUGCACAGAAAACAAGUUCUUCAUCAGUUUUAAUCUGAUCCUUUGCAUUGUGGUUUCUAUUAUGUCAAUCCAUCCAAAAAUUCAGGAACACCAGCCUCAUUCUGGCCUCCUGCAGUCCUCUCUCAUCACGCUCUACACCAUGUACCUUACAUGGUCUGCCAUGUCCAAUGAACCUGAUCGUUCCUGCAACCCUGGCCUGCUCAGCGUCAUUAUGCAAAUGACAUCACCAACCUUGGCUCCUGCAAAUGCAACUGCUCCAGUCCCUACUCCUGCUCCUCCAUCACAGAGUGGGCCUUCUCUGAAUAAAGAGAAUUUUAUUGGGCUGGUAGUCUUUGUUCUCUCACUUUUGUAUUCCAGCAUCCGCAAUGCCAGCAAUAGCCAAGUAAGUAAGCUCACCCUGUCAGGAAGUGACAGCGUGAUCCUCCGUGAUACGACUGCCAGUGGCGCCAGCGAUGAGGAAGAUGGACAGCCUCGGCGGGCUAUGGACAACGAGCGAGAAGGGGUGCAGUACAGCUACUCCAUGUUCCACCUCAUGCUCUGCUCGGCUUCCUUGUACAUCAUGAUGACCCUGACCAACUGGUACAGCCCUGAUGCAAACUUCCAGACCAUGACCAGCAAGUGGCCAGCUGUGUGGGUCAAGAUCAGUUCCAGCUGGAUCUGCCUCCUCCUCUACGUCUGGACCCUUGUGGCUCCUCUCGUCCUCACCAAUCGAGACUUCAGCUGAAGCUCUGAGUGCCAGGGACACCACUGAAAUUCAUAAAGGUCUCCUUUGCUGAAAGCUCACAUUCCUUUUACUUUUGCUUCAACUAAUAUAUUAAGCAAACGCUCUGCAAAUAAGACUACAUCCAGGUUUAUAUCAGAGGGCAAGGCUGAAUAAUGCUUGAUGCAGAAUCAGAACUUUUCGUUUAUACCUAUAUUAUGUUUAUUUGUAAGGAUAUAGAGCAAAAGGAACGUUUGCAUUUUAAAGUGAAUUACAGCUGUGCUGUGAAGAGAGUUCUUUAUUAAGACUUGUAGGUUCCUACAACUUUGAUUUAAAAUGUAAGACAGAAAAAUGUUGAAUAUUUGAGGCCGUCAUUAAUAUAUUUCUAUUGCAAAAUCUUUAAAAAAGCAAAGUAAUUAUGAUAAUGCAUUUGUAUGAUAGUUUUCCUCUGUGAAAGUCUUAUGUGAAACAAGCCCUCUGUUUCGUGCUUAAAUCCAUAGGGCUUGGGGAAAGGAGUCUGUGUGUGGGUCUUGCCCCAGAAGAGGGGUUGCUGGUAUGGCUACUGCUUCUCUAGCUUGAGUUUUUUCACUUACUUUUUUUAUACUACAGCAUUGAUGCUGCUUGAUUUAAGCCUGUGGCUUUGCCAGAAGUGUUAAUUUCAAGAACUGCUUUGUAGGUUUGGUUAAACUGAAGAUUCACUUGGGAAAACAGUACAACUUUAGUCUGUGUAAUUAUCUUGUUAUGAGUAUGUAAAAGUAUAAUGCAUGUGAAUUUAUUUUGCACUAUAAAGGUAUUUGAUUAAAAUAGAAAGACAAGCUUUUAA